ACCCGGCAACGGCCGACGAUCUCCGAAACAUGUUUACUUUGUUAACACGUCAAAAAAACUUGAGUACAAACACAGAAUCUACUUUCGGAAAAUCGAUCGACGGAUCAAAACGAAUUGUUGCUUUUUCAGCAGGUUACGAAGGGGGAAAAUAGUGUCAUUAAACUGUAAUCAUCUGCACCAGGAUGUCAUCCGCGACGGUGCCUCUGCUGGAUGACACGGUUCCUUUCGGCGAUGAAGAUGAAAAUGCAGCCGGAACGGCUAAGAGAUUAUCCCAUCCGUACGUCACAUUUUUCCACGUAUUUUUUCGUGGAGCAGCACUGGUAACGUACCUGUUUUGGGGUUUGUUCAAUGAUUCCUUCAUAAAAUGUUUCCUGCUGGUCGUAUUCUGGCUGUCGGCGGAUUUCUACUUGGUGAAAAAUCUCAGUGGCAGACUGCUGGUGGGAAUGCGUUGGUGGAAUUACGUCGAUGAUGACGGUCGCUCGCAUUGGGUGUUCGAGUCGAAGAAGGGCGAAAACUACGAGGCACGAAUCAAUCCCCAUGAGGAGAGAAUAUUUUGGACGGCACUGGUUGUGUGUCCUUUACUGUGGGCUCUAUUUUUUGUAGUUGCUCUGUUCGGUUUUAAAUUCAAAUGGAUGCUGCUUGUGAUGAUUGCUCUCUCGCUAAGUGGAGCAAAUCUGUACGGUUAUAUCAAAUGUAACUUUGGAGCCAGUGCCAACCUAAGCACAACUACAACCGAUUUCGUCAAAAGUCAGGUAUUGAAAAAUGCCGUCAGUUUAAUUAGCCAACCGAGUACCAGCAGCAACAAUGCGACACCGAAAACCACUACUGUAGCAUAAAUAGCAAACUAUUCAAACUAUUAGUCUUAAAUAAAACAGUGUUU